GACCGAACAUGUUGGCAAAUGUUAGUUUAUAUGUGAUAUUAAGUGACUAUAUAUCUCAAUAUUGAUGUCAAAAUAAGCAAAGUGAUAAUUUCAAAUUAGUGACUUUAAAUUACCAGAGUCCCCAAGGACGACGACCUUCACUUUCUCAAUUGCAGCCAUUCCCAGUUAUUAUGACUGAGGAGCGGCUCGUCACUGAGGUGCCGAGUAGUUUAAAGCAACUAGCUAGACUUGUGGUUAGAGGAUUCUAUACGAUCGAAGAUGCCCUUAUUGUGGACAUGUUGGUUAGGAAUCCUUGCAUGAAAGAAGAUGAUAUUUGUGAACUCUUGAAAUUUGAACGAAAAAUGUUAAGAGCAAGAAUAGCAACUCUAAAAAAUGAUAAGUUUAUUCAAGUUCGACUAAAAAUGGAAACUGGUCUGGAUGGUAAGGCACAGAAAGUUAACUAUUACUUUAUAAACUACAAAACCUUUGUUAAUGUAGUUAAAUACAAAUUGGAUUUAAUGCGUAAGCGCAUGGAAACAGAAGAGCGAGACGCUACGAGUCGGGCUAGUUUUAAAUGUCCAUCCUGCGGCAAAACCUUUACAGAUCUUGAGGCUGAUCAGCUGUACGAUAUGAUGACGCAAGAGUUUCGAUGUACAUUCUGUAAUGAAGUCGUCGAAGAAGACCAAUCGGCCCUUCCUAAGAAAGAUUCAAGAUUGUUGCUGGCAAAAUUCAAUGAACAACUGGAAACUCUUUACAUAUUACUCAGGGAAGUCGAAGGAAUUAAACUGGCGCCAGAAAUAUUGGAGCCGGAACCGGUGGAUAUAAACACAAUAAGAGGGUUAACGUCGAAGCAGUUCGGGAACAGGCCGUCGGGGGAGCAGUGGUCGGGCGAAGCCACGCGCAACCAGGGGCUGGCAGUGGAGGAGACGCGCGUCGACGUCACCAUCGGCGACGCGGACGCGGCCGCCGACCCCAGCACGCUGCGCAAGGAGCGCCCCGUGUGGAUGGUGGAGAGCACCAUCGUCACCAACGACCAGAGCGACAGCGUACAUUCAACGGACGCAGCGUUGGAAAAGGCGGCCAGCAACGCAGCCAACACGAAGACCGCAGGAAAAGAGAAAAACGACGACAUCAUGUCCGUGCUCUUGGCGCAUGAGAAACAAAAUACGGGUAAUGCUACUACGAAUCCCUUAAAAGGAACAGAACAGGAUAGCUCUGAUUCGAGCGACAAUGAGUCUAAGGAUCCUUACAAAUUGAAAGAUGAACUGGCUGCAGUGGCCGAGAUGGAAAGCGAUGACUCAGAAUCAGAAGACAACGCACCGACCGUGAUGGUGAACGGAAAGCCCGUGCCCAUCACGAGCAUCGACGAUGACGUCAUCGCUAGGAUGACUCCCUCCGAAAAAGAGACCUACAUACAAGUUUAUCAAGAAUAUUAUAGUCAUAUGUAUGACUAGAAUGAGCUUAACUUUGAAUAAAAAAACUAUGUACCGAA